AUGGGGUUUAAAGAACUCUUUGUUUUGUGCAUGCUUUUGGGGUUGUUUGGGUUAACAGUGGGAGGAAGAGUGAGACACUACAACUUUGAUGUUGAGUAUAUGAUUAAGACACCUGAUUGCUUGGAACACGUUGUGAUGGGAAUCAACGGUCAGUUUCCAGGCCCAACAAUCAGCGCUCAAGUUGGUGACACCCUUCACAUUGCUCUCACUAAUAAGCUUACCACUGAGGGAACUGUUAUUCACUGGCAUGGAAUCAGACAGUUUGGAACUCCAUGGGCAGAUGGUACAGCUUCCAUCUCACAGUGUGCUAUAAACCCGGCAGAAACUUUUCAUUACAGAUUCAAAGUAGACAGGGCAGGUACAUAUUUCUACCAUGGACACUACGGUAUGCAAAGGGCAGCAGGGCUGUACGGUUCACUGAUAGUGGACUUACCAAAGGGAAAAAACGAACCAUUCCAUUAUGAUGGUGAGUUCAACCUUCUGUUGAGUGAUUUGUGGCACAAAAGUUCUCAUGAACAAGAACUUGAUCUCUCUUCCAAACCAUUUAAAUGGAUUGGAGAACCUCAGGCACUUCUAAUAAAUGGAAGAGGACAGUUUAAUUGUUCUCUUGCAACUAAAUUUAUGAACAACACAGUACCCCAGUGCCAUUUUAAGGGUGGUGAAGAAUGUGCACCUCAGAUUCUUCAUGUGGAGCCAAACAAGACUUACAGGAUCAGAAUUGCAAGUACCACUUCCUUAGCAUCCCUCAACUUGGCAAUUUCAAAUCACAAACUGGUUGUAGUAGAAGCAGAUGGAAACUACGUGCAACCAUUCGCAGUCAAUGGCAUAGACAUCCACUCUGGUGAGAGCUACUCAGUGCUCCUCACCACAAAUCAAAACCCAAAGAAAAACUAUUGGCUUUCAAUUGGCGUUAUAGGAAGAAAACCCAAAACCCCACAAGGCCUAACCAUUCUAAACUACAAGACCAUCUCUGCCUCAAUUUUGCCAACUUCACCACCACCCAUCACACCCUUAUGGAAUGAUUUUAAGCGUAGCAAAGCAUUCACCAAUAAAAUCAUUGCCAAAAUGGGAACCCCACAACCUCCAAAAUUCUCUCACCGCAAGAUUUUCCUCCUCAACACACAAAACCUAGUUGAUGGGUUCACCAAAUGGGCCAUUAACAAUGUGUCCUUAUCAUUGCCUCCAACACCUUACUUAGGAUCCAUGAAGUUUAAGCUAAACAAUGCCUUUGACCAAAAGCCUCCUCCAAACAACUUCCCACAACAAUAUGACAUCUUCAACCCUCCUAUGAACCCCAAUGCAACUAUUGGUAAUGGGGUGUACAUGUUUAACCUCAAUGAGGUUGUUGAUGUGAUAUUACAAAAUGCAAACCGCUUAAAUGGAAUUGAUAGUGAGAUUCACCCUUGGCAUUUGCAUGGUCAUGAUUUUUGGAUUUUGGGAUAUGGAGAUGGAAAAUUCAAGCAAGGUGAUGAGAAGAAAUUCAAUUUGACACAUGCACCCUUAAGGAACACUGCAAUCAUAUUUCCUUAUGGUUGGACUGCCCUAAGGUUUAGGGCAGAUAACCCUGGAGUUUGGGCCUUCCAUUGCCAAAUUGAGCCUCAUUUGCAUAUGGGUAUGGGUGUGAUCUUUGCUGAGGGUGUUCACAAAGUGAAGAGAAUACCACCAGAAGCUCUUACUUGUGGCCUUACAGCCAAAAUGCUCUUUGACAAGGGACACUAUUGA